UUGGGACUCAGUUCUCCUCAGACCCUAAGGGUCUGGGGCAUGGGCCCCCGAACCCUCGCAUUGUUGCUGUCGGGGGCCCUGGCAGUGGCCGAGACCUGGGCGGGCUCCCACUCCGGGAGGUAUUUCUCCACCGCGGUGUCCCGGCCCGGCCGCGGGGAGCCCCGGUACUGGGAAGUCGGCUACGUGGACGACUCGCAGUUCGCGCGGUUCGACAGCGACUCUGCCAGUCGAAGGAUGGAGCCGCGGGCGCGGUGGGUGGAGCAGGAGGGGCCGGAGUAUUGGGACCAGGAGACGCGGAGGGUCAAGCACCACGCGCAGGCUUUCCAAGUGAGCCUGAACACCCUGCGGGGCUACUACAACCAGAGCGAGGCCGGGUCUCACACCUUCCAGUGGACUUCUGCCUGCGACUUGGGGGCCCACGGGCGUCUCCUCCGCGGGUACCAGCAGUGGGCGUACGACGGCGCGGAUUACAUCGCCCUGAACGAGGACCUGCGUUCCUGGACCGCGGCAGACACCGCGGCGCAGAUCACCCUCCGCAAGUGGGAGGUGGCGGGUGAGGCAGAGCGCUACAGGAACUACCUGGAGGUCACGUGCGUGGAGUGGCUUCGGAGGCACCUGGAGAACGGGAAGGAGACGCUGCUGCGCUCAAAACCCCCCAACAUACACGUGACCCACCACCCCAUCUCUAAACGUAUUGUCACCCUGAGGUGCUGGGCCCUGGGCUUCUACCCUGUGGAGAUCACCCUGACCUGGCAGCGUGAGGGAGAGGACCUGACCCAGGACACAGAGCUUGUGGAGACCAGGCCUGCAGGAGAUGGGACCUUCCAGAAGUGGGCUGCUGUGGUGGUGCCUUCUGGAGAGGAGCAGAGAUACACAUGCCAUGUGCAGCAUGAGGGACUGUCUGAGCCCAUUACCUUGAGAUGGGAGCCUCCUCUUCCCAUCGUCCUCAUCACAUGUAUCAUUGCUGGUCUGGCUCUCCUUGUGGUCACUGUGGUGAUUGGAGCUGUGAUCUGGAGGAAGAAGUGCUCAGGAUCCCAUGGUCUUUGUUAUAACCUCACAGGGGUGUCCCAGGAUGAAUCUGUGCAUCGGAGAAUUUUUGCUGAAAGACACUUGGAUGGUCAGGCCUUCCUGCACCAUGACAACAAGAAAGAUGUGGCAGAGUCACAGAGAUUAGGGGCAGAAGCAAUCCGGGGACCUGAGACAUGGGCAACAGAGACCAAGGGCUUGAGAGACACCGGGAAGGAACUCAGAAUGAGUCUAGAAGACCUCCUGGCCCUGCAGGCACCAAGAAGAGCCCAAGAACCCACCCAUCAUGCCCCCUCCUCAGCAUCAACAUGUGGAUCCAAGAAAGUGAGGCCUGGAUCCCAGGGUCAUCCGCCAGUCCAAAGGAACUGGACCCCAGGGUGCAGAACAAACUUGGAGAAGGUCUGGGGUCAAUGAAGGCCUCAGCAAGAGGUGAAAAGGUGGGAGAAGCAGCCCUCUUCUCUCUGUUUCCCUUAGAGGGGAGCAGGACUCAGCCAUGUGCCUCAUUGGCUCUGUGCUUUCUCCCCAGUGCCCCAAAAAGAGAACGUGUUCUGCAGCCAGCCCUUGGAGGGCUUGGUCAGCCUAAUAUGCUGGGCUUUCCAUUUCUCUCCCGGGAAUAUCUCCCUGACCUGACUUCGGGAUCAGGAACCCCUGAGCCAGAAUGCCUAGCAGGUUAGGGGAGUCCUGCCUAGUGGAAAUGGGACCUACUGGACAUGGGGGACCAUAAGGGUCCCUCAGGGAAAGGAGCAGAAUUUCACGUGCUGCAUGGAAGCCACAGGGAACCACACUGCACACCCUGUGCACUCUGGUGGGCCUCGGGUGAUUGUGGAGGGGGCUCUGACUCUGGUCGGGUCAGGAGCCAGGGUGAAGAGAAGAGAGCAGACCUGUGGUCCUGGGGAGCCCCAGUUGAUAUAUGGCCCUUUUCCUGGAAAGGCCCUAGUGCACAGGUACGGACAGACAGUUGCCUGGCUGCUCCUGCUGCUGCUGCUGCUGCUGCUGCUUUUAUCACCAUUAUUGUGUGUGUUCUUUCUCCAAGAACAAGAAACCAAUAGCAGUUAUGGGAGCCCAAGUGAGAAAUCUGGGGAGUGGGUGGGGUGGGAGGGGCUCUAAUGGAUGUGGGGCCCCUCAUGUCUCCCUCUGCAUAGACUGUAGGGAACGACAACUUCUGUAACAGGAGCUGGAAGUCAGAUUUCUGAGAGGGGUUGGGAGCCAUGUCUGUAUCCCCACCCUUAGCCCUGCUCACAGCCAGGGACACCAGGGCCCUUGAGUGGUGAGCAUGGCCUCUCCUUGCUCUGAGUGAGGGUUGGGCAGUGGGGCUGGGACUCCCUGCUCUGAGCUUGUCCUUCCCUGUCUCUUUUCUCAGGCUAAGCCGGGCUCUUCCAGGGGUGUUUCCAUGUGGUAGGUGGUGGAGAGGUGGUGCAAAGGGCAGCUUCGGGAUGUAGAGGGUGGACAGACAGCCUCAGGCUGGGGUCUCAAGAAUUCCCUACACCUCAUUUACAAGAAGGUUGCAACAAGCACUGCCUGAAUUACCUGGGGGAGUCCCUACUAGGAAAGGGGCAGGAAGGCCCUGGCAGCCUCAGCCAAGCAGCAUUUGGGGAGGACCUGUGAUUCCAGGGGCAAGUGGGCCAAGAAGGAGCAGGGAAGGCCAAAGGCAGCUUGGGAGCCUGGGCCAGGGGUGAGGGUGGAGGAAAAGGCCAGGCCUCUGAGAGCAUGUAGUACUCUGAGUCAGGUCAAGUACAGACCGCUGGAACCCACUUUUUCUACACUGGGCCUGUUGGUCUCCUGAGAUUUCUGAUGUCCCUUCUGGUUAGGAGCUGCUGGCUCAGGGCCAGGGGAGGGAUGAAGCUGAGCUGCAGGUGGGGUCUGUCCCUGUGGUUGAGCGUGAUCAACAAGCAGACAACAGCCUGAUGGUACACAGGUGCUUAUGCAGGUGGGGAUCCAGACAGCUAGGGAGAGAAGAUGCUAUGUUUGUGACCACUGCCUGGCCUGGAGGAAGAAGUAACAGAUACCUGUCUUUCAGGCAUGCCCUCUGCUCUGUAGGUGCAUGGGUCAGGGCUUGAGAGGGGGGAAAGCAUUGAGUUUAUGCUCCAGGGUGUUGUCCUUGGCUGUGGGGCACUUUCUUGUUCCUGUCUGGUAGUUGGUGGAAGCAGGCCCAGGUGAUGAUGCUGAGGGAUCAUGGUGGGGUGCGCGGG